GACCUCCAACGUGUUCCUUGACGCUGCCACCAGACCACGACGCCACGACGACGUCCGCGCAUCGACCCUCAAGCCGACCAACGUCAAACUGUUUCAUACCGUUGGAACCCACUGCCAUACUCGUCUGCGAUCUAGCCUGUUGCUGUCUCGCGCCCUCUGCGACCAAGUUCGACCCUUCGAUCGUCCCUUGAGCCGACCAUGUCAAACAUCCCUUCGCAAGUUCGCAUCGAGCACUGUCUAGCAACAUCUUGAAGGGGAAUUUGCCUUGAAUUGUGGCAUAGAACGUUGAACACGCUCCGUCGUAGUAUGGGUUAGAACGACAGACGCGCAACCAUGGCCGAAUCACAGAUGCAGUUGGAGGACUGGCUUGACGACCUCUGCGUCCGCUUCAUCAUUAAUCUGCCUCAAGAGGACCUCUCCUCGGUCGCGCGGAUCUGUUUCCAAGUUGAGGAGGCUCAAUGGUUCUACGAGGAUUUCAUCCGCCCUCUGGACCCGACCUUGCCAUCCAUGUCCCUGCGAACAUUCUGCCUGCGCAUCUUCCAGCAUUGUCCGCUAUUGGCCUCCUUUUCUGUCGAAAACCACACCAAAGCCUUUGAGGAAUUUUUGCAGUACAAGACGCGCGUGCCCGUUCGCGGCGCCAUCAUGCUGAACCAUGCCAUGGACUCGGUCGUCCUUGUCAAGGGCUGGAAAAAGGGCGCAAACUGGAGCUUCCCGCGGGGUAAGAUCAACAAGGACGAGGAUGACCUGGACUGUGCGGUCAGGGAAGUUUAUGAAGAGACUGGUCUUGAUCUUCGCGAAGCAGGUCUAGUACCGAUCGAGAAGAAGCCAAAGUACAUUGAGAUCUCCAUGCGCGAACAACAGCUUCGUCUCUACGUCUUCCGCGAUAUUCCGAUGGACACCAACUUCCAGCCCCGAACCCGAAAAGAGAUCAGCAAGAUCGAAUGGUACAAGCUCUCAGACCUUCCGGCCUUUCGCAAGAAGGGCGCCCAAAACGAAGUAAACGGAACCGGCACGGCAGCAAACAAAUUCUACAUGGUCGCUCCUUUCCUCGUACCCUUGAAGAAGUGGAUUGCCUCUCAGAAGAAGGCUGAUGAGCGGAGGCCAGGGAGUGGAGUCUACAGCUAUCCGCACCACCAUCUUGCCGCUGAGGAAGCCGCAACGACGGAAGACGAUGCCUGGGCACCGGCCAGGGGACUUGUCCCGCACCAAGUCCCGGCCAUUGAAACCCUCGAUGGAGCCACACAGGAGCUCCAGCGCUUGCUUAAGAUGCAGCCACCUACUCAGGGUCUUCAGCUAUCCCAGCCAUCCCACCAGGACAAGGGUAGUGCUCUUCUCUCCCUGCUACAGGCUAACAGCUCUGGUCCGAAGGCAACACCAAUGGUGCCUCAGACCCCCUUGGACCUCACUGUGACCGAAGCACCACAACCUCGGAAGCCUCAUCAUCAUACGAACCAGCACCCGGUGCCUGUAUACGCACAGUCUCAUGGACCGCCGCCAGCCUUUCAGCUCCCAACAAAUGGACCGGGUUCUUGGAACCCCGCCCAAGCGCCGAACCCCGAUGUGCAACGACCCCAGCAAGGCGCAUCAGCAUCACCUGCUUACUAUCCUGCCAGUCAACAAGUCUCUCUUGCGCACCCACAACCGUUGCCUCCGCAGGUUCAAAGAGCCAUGUUCGAUCGGAGCGCGUUCCAAGAGGGGCCCUCGGGUAUCCCCCAAAUUUCGCAGACUCAGCAACAGCCACGCCAGCCUCAGCAGCCUCAGCAACCCCAACAGCUCCAGGGCGGCAUCCCUGCGACGACUCAUAUCCCUCAUGGGUCUGGCCCGGUGCAGCUCAGCGGGCCCUCCAUGGCAUUGUUGAAUGCUUUCAAGCGAGACACCGCUCCCGCUGCGCGGUCCACCCACGUUCCCAGCAGCGUGGGGGCUGAAAAGCCUCUGCGAGAUGUCUAUCCGCCCGGGCAUGCGUUGCCUUUAGGGCUGCCUAACCUGCUUGAAAGUGCAACCGAUCACGCACAGGAUCAGAGGAAGCCGUCCGAGCUUGCGGGCUCUGCUGUCGUGGGCCCUAGCACCCAACACCGAUCGGCAUUACUGGGAAUGUUCAAAAAGACGACGAUCGAUGCUGCUGCACAAGAUGGCCGGAAACCAGAGGGCCAUGCCGUUGGUGGAUCCGGUGUCCCGACUGUAGGCUCGGCGGAGGGCAAGAUGCUACUCCAACAGCUUCAACAUCGCGGACACGGGGCUCCGGAAGCACCAUCGAACCAUGUGCCCACCAAUGCCGCGCCGGCGCAGCAUGAAAUGCGGUCCAGAGACGGGCGGGAACGUGGAGCCUCUUAUCAACAAGAGUCCCGCGCAAGUCGACCGCCUCCGACAACCCAGGCGCAGGUGCAUCCCACUCGUAUCCUUCAACGUGGCCAGGCCCUAUACGAGGAGGAGCAGCAACCUGUUGUGUCGCCCAAGACCUUGUCGUACGGAUCGCCGGCCCAAUCCCGCAUUGGACAUGUGGCCAGCCCGCAGACGGCGCACCCCGUCUCACGGAUCGGCCACCAGCAUGGCCGCCCCGCCGAGGGUCCCGCGGACCAGAAGCGACAGCUGCUUUCCCUGUUUGGCAAGCAGAAGAGCCCGCCGGCCGGCAUGGAGGCUGUUGUGACUGCGCACCCGGGGUCUCGUGUUGCCUCCAUGGCCUCUGGGAGCGGUGAGCCGCUGUUCGGGACGGCGGCGGCGGUGUCGGCGUCAACGUCGUCUCGAAGGGGCACCGAGACGCCGAUAUCACCGGCGGACCAGACUUUUCUGUUGGACUACCUGCAAAAUGUAACCAACACUGCAACGCGAUGAAGCUGGGCAGUAGGGCGUGUCGUGCCUCUUUGGCAUUGCGAAAGGAGAGCGACAUGGACAGAGUGGACUGUAUUACGACAAGACAGGAUGGACAUGUUGUGACCGGGUAUCGCCGACAGCGAGUAAUUUACAUUCGAGAAUCAUUGAGCAAACUCUCUAUGUGCC